GAAUAUACACCAACAUGGGUGGUUGCUGCUGUAUGCACAGUCAUUGUUUCUAUUUCUCUUCUUGUUGAACGUCUCAUCCAUUACGCUGGCAAGUUGGUUUGGAGGAUGGUUAUCCACCUGGGAUCGAUCCUUCUCAAUGACUUCUGAGUUGAAUUUGUCGCAUAGGACAAGCCUGAUACGGUUUUUUACAUAUAGUGUUCAUCACAAGGGCAGAGAGAAAAAAAAAAUUGAUUUUCAACAUUUGACUAAGAUUCCAUCAUUUUAUUUUUCCUUUUCAAUUUCGCCAUGUUAUGAAACGGUUUACAAGUGGAAUGGUAUAAGGAAUUCAUAUAGCGGAUCUGAACUUGUUAUUAUUGAUCGUUGUUGGUUUGUUCAAGUUUCAUUAUUUUAUUAUAGAUGCAACCAAUACGUAGCUUAGCAACAUAGAGUGAAAGGUGGUCCGUUAAACAUACUUCAUAGGAAAAUCAUACUAUAUUAAUUAGCGUCUGAAGAAGAAGAAACAAAAGCAUCUGUAUGAAGCCCUACAGAAAGUUAAAGAAGAGUUGAUGCUGUUGGGGUUUAUUUCUCUGCUGUUAACAGUAUUUCAAAGUCGUAUUGUUGAAAUCUGUGUGCCUCCUCAUGUUGUAACACACUUGCUUCCCUGUGCGUUACCGUUGGAGCAUACUUCAUUUUCACCUCCAACUCCAACUCCAACUCUAACUCCACCUCCGCCUCACAAAGAGCCUCAGGUUAACAAUCAGGCGGUUCACUAUCAUGCUGGUCCUCACCAUCAACGGCAUUUGCUUGAAGAAGAAACAAUGUCAGCUGAGGGUUACUGCCGUCAUAAAAACAAGGUUCCGUUACUAUCUCUUGAGGCGUUGCAUCACCUUCAUGUUUUUAUAUUUGUCCUAGCUAUUGUGCAUGUGACAUUCUCUGUUUUGACUAUUGUAUUUGGAGGAGCAAAGAUACGUCAAUGGAAGCAAUGGGAGGAUGCAAUCGUAAAAGAUGAUUAUGAAUCCGAAGAUGCUCAUUUGAAGCCAACAGUUACUCAUGUCUUUGAACAUGAUUUCAUCAGGAAUCGGUUUCAGGGUAUGGGUACACAAUCAGCCAUUUUGGGUUGGGUGCGUUCUUUCUUCAAGCAAUUUUAUGCUUCUGUCAACGAAUCAGACUACAGAGCGCUUCGUUUGGGAUUCAUUAUGACACAUUGCAAGGGAAAUCCAAGAUUCAAUUUUCAUAGGUACAUGAUACGUGCACUGGAAGACGAUUUUAGGACAGUUGUUGGUAUCAGUUGGUAUCUCUGGAUAUUCGUAAUCCUCUUCUUGUUGCUUAACAUUAACGGUUGGCAUACAUAUUUCUGGAUUGCUUUCUUUCCUUUUAUUCUUCUGCUCUCUGUGGGAACAAAGUUGGAGCAUGUGAUUCUACAGUUAGCUCAUGAAAUUGCUGAGAAACAUGUAGCUAUAGAAGGCGAAUUGGUUGUAACACCAUCUGAUAAUCACUUUUGGUUCGAUAACCCUCAAAUCAUCCUCCUCUUGAUACAUUUUAUUCUCUUCCAAAAUGCUUUUGAAAUAGCAUUUUUCUUCUGGAUUUUGUUCCAAUAUGGCUUUCACUCCUGCAUUAUGGGAAAAUAUGUCUUUGUGAUUCCACGGCUCGUCAUAGGGGUAAUCAUUCAAGUUUUAUGCAGCUAUAGUACACUGCCACUUUAUGCUCUAGUUACACAGAUGGGGAGUCAUUAUAAGAAAUCGAUGUUCGAUAAUCAUGUUCAAACAUGUCUUGUGGAAUGGGCUGAGAAGGUGAAAAAGAAGAAGGGACAUAAGUAUGGUAGAGACGGAUCUACCCGUUCAAAUGACGGUUCUGUUGUUGCAGCAUCACUGUCUGUAAAUGACCACAAAGAUCUCCCUCAAAAUGGGGUUUAGCUAACAUUUUGUUCAAUGCCAUUUGAACAAUAUUUUGUAAAAGUUAGGUAUGAUCCAGUAUACCAGUUACUGAAUAUAUAUAUGUAUGAUAAGAGCGCCAAAAAGCUUUAGAUUUUUACUGUGCAAGAUGAACUGAAAUGGAGAAUGAUGGUUGGUGGAAUUCAAAACGUUGAUCUUGUUUGGGACCGAGGCAUGAUUAUCUUAGGCUAUUGCUGAGGUGAAAGGGGGUUUUGUAUAUGCGUUCCCUUGACGGUUUGAUGUAAAAUUAACUGGAUAUAUUAAGUUUUACUUGAUAUAAGUAAAAUGUACACCAUUUGCCAACUUUGGUUUGUAUUUCUCAA